UUUAAUUAAAACACCAGGUCUGAGAUACAUUUAAGGUGAAGGCAUUCACCUUCCAGGUACACCUAAUAAGGUAUGCAUAUAUCUUUGUGAUGGGCAUUAAGAGGAAUUUCACUCAUUCAUUUAAAACGUGUAGUGAAAACUCACAGCAGGGCUUCUAUGCUUGGCUAGGCAUCAGCCUCCAAGAUAAAGGAGACUUGGGAUUGUCCCUCAAGGAACUUACAGUCCAGUAGUCCAGUUCCAGUCAACCCACAUGUAAAGCCAUUUUGCAAAUUGUGUACAAUAUGGCUAAGGCUGGUUGAAAUUGAUACUCUCCUAAAACCCUAGGGUAUGUGGCCUCCGAAUGUGUACAGCCGGCCCCAUGGCUUUGGUCCUGAAUCCACAUCAAGAAGGAUUAAGCCAAAAGCCAGUCCCAGAUCCAAUCAGGAAGGCUGGCACAGUCCCUGUAAAUCCAGGCAAAAGUGAAGAGCCCUGAGCUGGGUCGCAGGUCCUGACCUGAAAGUGUGCAGGACGACGUCAGGGGCAAAAACCCAGCUGCUGGCAUGCUUAUCUUGCUUUCUGUCUCCUGUCACCUCAGGCCUCUGUCUUUUUUUGGCUCUAUCCUUUUCCUGACCAGCUUCCCAUAUAUCCGGGCCAUGUUUUGAAGACCUUACUGGUCCCAGACCAGCUUCCUCCUCUGUGUAUGUACUCAGAUGCAGCUCCCUUCGCUAGGGGGAGUCCAGAUGCCCAGAGUGUGGGCCCAGGGUCCUAACUUUGUCUCCAUCCACGCCAUCUUCCUCCUGGAUGUACUGUCCUCACCUGCCUUCCCAAAACCACUGUACCCAUCAACACAGUACUACUUGGCUGGUCUAGGGUAGAACUACCUCUGUUAAGCACGCCAAUACUAACUACAAGUUUCUGUUAAUAUCCCAUAUCCCUCUCUUCUACUAAUUGGAUAAUUUAAUUUUGAUUAAUUUGAUACUUUUGCUAAUUCGAUAUUACAGAUUCAGUGGUCAUGCCUCAUGGAUUUUCACAAGUUCUGAUUUUAAAUCUGUCUUCCCUAAGUAUACCAGUGCCUGUCAAACCACGUGUUCUACUUUUUGGCUUACGAAAAAACGGACUCUAUGCUCCAAGGAGUCACAAGUUAUGUGGAAAUAUUCUACGCAUUUUGUAUCUUGUAAGCAAUCGAGUUUUCUUGCUGAGACUGUUCACAUUUACCCAGUCCCCGUAUUCUUUUUAGGCAGCAUGGAUGCAAAUGUCAUGUGGUCACCAAAACAACCUCAACUAAACCAGUCAGAGGGGCCACCUGGCAUCCCCCCAACCAAGAGCCUCUCCAGUCACCAAGAGCUUGUGGAUUUGGUUGGUCUUCACCAUCUCUAGGCUGCUUUAGACACUUUGAACGUAAAGUCCACCUCGACACCCAGCUUCCCUGGCCUUUGGUUCUGUGUUUUGUAGUGUUGUGUUUUCAGGGAGGAAGGAGGGGGAGAGAGAUUCAUAAGGCAGUGACUGAACACUCGAGAACUUUGUAAUCUUCACUUCCUGACUGUCACCCCUCCUGCCUUCCCCAUUCGGCAUCUCUGGUCAUGGCCCUGAGACCAGGGUUCCCGACCAAUGUUCCCAUUCACCCUUACAAGCCCUGUGGCCAUCUGCAGGAACUCACCACCACAUCCCCUCGGAGGAAGUGCCCCAAACCUGCAAUGAACUAGUUCACAAUGUACCACACAAUAGUAAUAUCAUUUUCGUCAAGCCAUGAGUGUCCACUUGCCACACGCAAGGAACAGGACAGCGGGACCCUUCGUUUGGUCCAGUGUUUUCAGUGGCCUCUGCUACAAGAGAACUCAACAGAAGCAUGACUCGGAAACACAACUGUUGAAGAAGAUAUCCACCAAAUAGUGUGCUAAGCCAAAUCCCUCCUACAAUGCAACACAGCACAGACAGCACACCUUACAAAUGUACGUGACAUGACGCCCAGUGUGGCAGACCUGCUGGGAUAUUCCACGUGGUCUCCUCCUCAGACUGGGAUUAGAUGAAGAGCCAGGGAUUACCAUGCCGGGACACUAAUCAAAUCAAAGAAGGACAGGGUGGAGGUCGUUGCUUCCUAUUGGGAUAGUAGCUCUGGAGUACAGAUGUCUGAAGCUCCCAGGUGUGGAGGGAAACCCUCCUGUGUUUGAGAGUUGCAAUCUGAGCCUGCUACAGAAAAACCACGAAGACAGGGAUUUCUGGGAAAAUCUAGUGAGAUGAUGUGCUUUUAUAAUACAGCCACUUUUGUGGCCUUUUAGUUCGAUCAUUAUGUGUUCUGGAGACAUGAUAGAGGCAAGGAAGAAAGGCCAGGUUGGGAAUUAGGAGACCCAGUGUUGCUUAUAAUUUGCAGUGUGGCCUUGGAUGUGGUUUGUAGUCUCUCCAGAAUCUCAGUGCACUUGUCUAAAAAUGGAAAUAAUAAAGCCCGCCACUUUGAAAACGCUUUGUGAAUAUAAAACACCACACCAGCACUCUCUGAGCCUCGGUUUUCCUCCUUGGUUGAAUGGCUCUGCCCAUUCAGGGUGUUUCUGAGGAUCAAAUCAUAUAAUGUGCAUGUAAACCAUGAGUUCUAUGUGAAGGACACAGCUCACAAAAAUUCUGGUGUCACUUUGUGGGGUCAGUUGCCAACCCAGAGGCCAGGGCUGGUUUGAGACUCACUUUGCCCGACCUGAAUGGGUCAGCCCUUCCCGCUCCCCCCUCCCUCACCCCAGCCUUCUUCCUCCCCAGCUCCUUCCUUUGUCUGGUAUGCUUUAAAUUACCUUUUGAUCUGUCUGGCAACUGCCCUGUUUCACUCCAGGGGGGCUCCAUUUCAGAUCCCUGAGAAACCCUGUCUAUAUAUAGCUUGUAAAAAAAUAUGAUUUCCUUUGGGAGGAAAGUGGGAGCUACCAUGUGCGUUCACGUCCACCAUCAUUAUACUGGUGACCCCCAGAACGGGAGACACAACAUUUACUCUCCAGAAUAAACAUGAAUAUGGCCCAAGGCUGCAGUAGCUUUUAUAAACAACCUGUUACUACUUACUGCUUUUCUCUAAACUCCUGGAGUGGGGAAGUGGCAACAUUUUAUUCUUCAAAUCAAAGACAGGUGAUAGAUAGGGAUGAUAGAUAGAUAGAUAGAUAGAGUGAACCAAGAAAGAAUUCCCUGAAAAUUUAAGCAAACAGGCAUUUACUUGGGCAAUUAGAAUUGCAAUUGAAGAGACAGAUUCAAGUAGAAUCUGGACCAUGUUCUGAGGACGACAAAGAGAGGGCAGGGCUGUAUACUCAAGGCUGCGAGUAGAGUUCUCAUUCAGAUCCUCUAUGCAAAACAGGGAUUGAAACUAGGUUAACUGGGAUUGGUUGGGUUCAUAUGCAAAUAAGGGAUGGAAACUUGUUUGUUGCAAGGGCUCUUUUGGAAGUGAAGAGUGAGGAUGAUUCUGGUGCCAUGAUGAGGGAGAAGUUAAGUCCCAGCUGAGGGCUUGCAGCUGGCUGAAAGGUUUUUAAAAAGUUCACGGUUCCUGCAAGAAGGACGUGCACAAAUUCCUCCUCCCUUAUGGCCUCCUGACCCCAUUUUAAAAAGAGACUUGCUUAGUUAGGCUUGCUUGCUGCGUUUUGAAAUCUUCUUUGGCAGAGAGGUAGAUAGAUAACAUAGAUGGAUGGAUGGAUGGAUAGAUAGAUGAUAGAUAGAUAGAUAAUGGGAGGAGGGCUUGAGCCCACUCAGCGAUUUAAAAUUUUUCACUCUGGGGCGUUUGGCCGGCUCAGUCAGAAGAACAUGUGACUCUUGAUCUUGGGAUUGUGAGUUCGAGCCCCAAGUGGGGUGCAGAGACUACUUAAAUGAAUUUCUUCUUAACUUAAAGUCAAAGUAACGUAAAAUUUCUCACUCUUACAUCUACGCCCCAGCUCUCUUCGAAUUCAGUUCUCUCAAAUCCUCGCAUAACUCUAAAAUUUUAUCUGGUUAAUUGUCUUGGUCCUAAAAUGAGACCAUGCUUAAUGCAUUCUGGGAAAGAAAUGGAAAACCUUGUUAAAUAAGCGAUUCAAGCAUUCCUUUUUAUUUUGCCAGAUGAAAAUAGUUUAUUCACUGUCACCAAAAGAACACAGACUGCAGUCCCGAUGAAGGAGAAAGAUUGACCCAAUCAACCCUAGACUCCAAGGGGACAGGGAAACCUUUCUCAGGACCAGGUCAAGAAACAGCCCAGUGACAUGCCCCCUCCGUUUGCUUCCUGUGUGGCUCAGUGAUCUCAAGGCACGGAGCAGGGAACUUGGAAGUCCCUUUCCUGUGUCCUGAAAUCUCCAUUCAGCACGCCCCUUUUUUUUUCUCCUGUGGCAUUUGCCAACUUUCAAAUUCCGAUGCUCCUGCCGUCACCCCCAGAUGUGCACCAAGGCCUCAGCAUUUGCAAAGUCUCUCAAGUCAAUCUCUAAGUAAAAGAUGCUUCAAGGAAGCACCGAGUUCCUUCUGCCUAAUAACUGCAGUGUGUCAUGUGACACCUGCCCCUCCCCCCCCACCAAUUCUCUCUGAAAACCCCCACCCACCCCACCAAUAAACUAGGUUGACGUCUGUCCUUUAUCUGCCAACAUCUACAUUUCCUUCAAGGUGGUAAUCUUUUGCUUUUGUUAUUGAAGUUCUGCUUGAUUCUUAAUUGUUACCCCAUAGCUUUGGAGCCUGCAUAAACAGUUAACAAAAACACGGCGCACGAGGCAGCCGUUUCGCUUUCUGUGCUUGUUGUUCUUGGCACCGGGUCAGUUCUAUGAACUUCUGGUGUCCAACUGGUAGGACCUGAAACUCUGUGUUUAACAAGUGCCUGUAGUCAAAACAGUUGGCGUGUGCAAGCUCGGGCCGCUGGUACUGCUGUGGCUGGUCAGCCCGGUCCUGGACUGUGCAGAACACCGAAUCACGUUGCUGCGUUUUGGGGCUGGGCUUUUGUUGUUUCGCUGUUGGGUUUGUUUUUUGUUGUUUUCUUUUUUUCCUUUUUUUUUUUUUCCUCUUUUUUGUGAUGGCAUCCGUGCUAAUCUGGAUCUCUUCAGGUUCCAAAAGUACAACAUGUUUACAGUCGACGUAGAAUCAGAUUAAGUUGGCAGCCUGAGUCUCUCUAGAGAAGACACGGUUCAAUGUGUAGACCUUCUCCCUCUCCAGCAUCUCCACCCUCCAAUUCCAGGACAUCAUUAGGACAGGUGAAAACAAAAGCCUGUCUCAGCGGCCAGAACUCUGCCAACAGCAUCUCAAAGCCAUUCAAAACGCCCAAAGACAAUCUACUUACCUCCAGCAGCAAACAGCACACGGUCUUUUCUGCGAAGGGAUCAAGGGACAAAGCAUGCGUUCCGGUUCCUGUAGUCAGUUUAGAGAAAAUCCCUAAUCUAGUGAAGGCAGAUGGUGCCAAUGUCAAAAUGAACUCAACAACCACUACUGCGGUCACCUCCUGCUCCACCUCGUCCUCUGCCGUCUCCACCCCACCUUUAAUUAAGCCAGUCUUGAUGUCUAAGUCAGUGCCACCCUCCCCAGAGAAGAUCUUAAAUGGCAAAGGAAUUUUGCCCGCCACAAUAGACAAGAAACACCAAAAUGGCACCAAAAACAACAACAAGCCUUACAGGAGACUUUCAGAGAGAGAAUUUGACCCAAAUAAACACUGUGGAGUAUUGGAUCCCGAGACAAAGAAACCUUGCACAAGAUCCCUCACCUGCAAGACACAUUCACUAAGCCAUCGGAGGGCAGUCCCAGGCCGGAAAAAGCAAUUUGACCUCCUUCUGGCAGAACACAAAGCCAAGUCCCGCGAAAAAGAAGUUAAAGAUAAAGAGCAUCUCCUGACUUCGGCGAGGGAAGUACUUCCAAACCAACCGGGGCCAGCGCAGGACUCUCUGCCAGGACCUUCGGGGAGCUCUGGGCCAGAACCGAAAGUCGCAUCCCCUGCAAAAUCCAGGCCGCCUAACUCUGUGCUUCCUAGACCAUCAUCUGCAAAUAGCAUCAGUAGCAACACAUCUUCAAAUCACAGUGGCUGCACUCCGGAACCCCCGCUACCCCCAGCUGGAGGUGACCUCACCAGCCGACUGUCAAGUGAUGAAGGGGAGAUGGACGGAGCCGACGAACCCGAGAAGUUAGACUGUCAUUUCUCUACCCACCACCCCAGACCUCUUGCGUUUUGCUCAUUCGGGAGUCGCCUCAUGGGACGAGGGUACUAUGUGUUUGAUAGAAGAUGGGAUCGUUUUCGAUUCGCACUAAACUCCAUGGUAGAAAAACACUUGAAUUCCCAGAUGUGGAAGCACAGAAACCCGAGCCACAGGGCGUCAGGUCCCUCCCCCCUUUUCAGGACUUGCCUAACCAAUCUGCUGUCACUGAGCAACAUUGGGGCUGCCUGGGUGUCAACUCUGGAAAGCGUAGCACCCCGCUGCCCUCUCAACCUCGCUGCCCAAACCCCAGGCCCCGACGGGCCCGAACCUGGAGGGAUGGCAGCCGAUGGGGGCGUGGAAGACAUUAGGAAGAAAAGGAACGGCCAAGACUCUUUUUUCUUUAACAAGCAUUUAACUCUGCAUCAGGAGACGCCAACACAGUAUUCUCUUUCAGCCAGGAAGAUCCCUCCUGCGGCAGAUAGCCCCAUGCCCUCGCCAGCAGCCCACACCUCCACCCCCGUUCCAGCAUCCGUUUUACAGCCUUUCAGCAACCCCAGUGCUGUGUAUCUUCCUUCAGCCCCCAUCAGCUCGAGACUCACCUCUUCUUACAUAAUGACAUCAGCCAUGCUCUCAAACGCAGCUUUUGUGGCGUCGCCGGACCCGAGCGCCCUCAUGUCACACACCACAGCUUUCCCCCAUGUGGCUGCAACCCUCAGCAUCAUGGACUCAACCUUCAAGGCCCCAUCCGCCGUGUCCCCGAUACCAGCCGCCAUCCCUUCCCCAUCCCACAAGCCAUCCAAAACCAAAACCAGCAAAUCCUCAAAAGUCAAAGACCUGUCCGCCCGUAGCGACGAGUCUCCAAGUAACAAAAAGAGGAAGCCGCAGCCUUCGACUUCCUCCUCCUCCUCCUCAUUAUCCUUGCAGACAUCCCUCUCGUCUCCAUUAUCAGGGCCCCACAAAAAGAACUGUGUGUUGAAUGCCAGUUCAGCUUUGAACUCCUAUCAGGCGGCCCCUCCCUAUAACAGUCUGUCUGUGCACAACUCCAACAAUGGGGUGAGCCCACUCAGUGCCAAACUGGAGCCCUCAGGACGGACCUCGCUGCCCAGUGGCCCCGCGGACAUAGUGAGACACGUGGGCUCGGUGGGCGGCAGCAGUGACUCCUGUCCCCUCUCUGUGCCCUCCCUUGCAGGGGACCUCUCUCUGGCCUCACACAAUGCCGUGUCUUCGCUGCCCCUCUCUUUUGACAAAUCAGAAGGAAAAAAGCGUAAGAACUCGAGUUCUAGUAGCAAAGCCUGUAAAAUCACUAAAAUGCCUGGUAUGAAUAGCGUUCACAAAAAGAACCCACCCGGCCUUCUCGCACCGGUGCCCGAUCCCGUUAACAGCACCUCCUCUCGGCAGGUUGGGAAAAAUAGCAGCCUACCUUUGUCACAGUCCAGUCCUUCAAGCAUAUCCAGCCCAGGACACAGCCGACAGAAGACCACCAACAGAACGGGCAGGAUCAGGACUCUUCCGUAACAAGACUGUGAAGCCACUUCCAAACCAAUGCCUGGCCACCCGGGGCUGAGGCGGGAGGAGGAGGGAGGGGUGUGCGCAGCCGGGGAGAGUCUGUUUCCUGUGCCGGCGGGUGGCUCUGGCCUUUCUUCUUCCUUUUUUAAUUGACCGGUUUUUAGUUCCGAAGAGAAAGCAAAAGGCAAAAGAACGUGAAUUUAAGAUUCACAGAAAACAGUACCAGUGUUUUGUUUCGGUUCCUUCAUUUGCCACGUGUACGCGUUCUUCCAAGUUCGGGGUCGGCCCUCUAUAGCUUCCGAUGCUGCUACCGCACCAUCCUUUUGCUCCAGCCAGGGGAGCAGACGCUGCAAGUGUCAUUUCCUGGUUGGCGUUGUCUGAAACUCUUGAACUUGAGCACACGCCGUGCUCCUUCCCUCGACCUCUCCCACCUGUCCCUUCCAUCCCCUCCCACCUGCCGCUCACGGGGUCCCCACUGGCCUUCGGGAAGGGGCUGGCUCUCACGAGCUCCCCUCUGGACAGCGUGCUGGGGGAGGGGCUUUGCUGGGAAACAGCCUGUGUCUCUGCCGAGAGCGGAGAGCUGCGGGGCCGGGCUGAGCGCCCCCAGCAGGUUCCUGCGCUGCACCAGCACCGUAGGAGCCCGACGCUGUGGGCAAGUUGGAGAAAAGUGGCCACUGAACUAUGUCGUUUACCCAAUACCACUGUCCAGCUGUGCAGCUCAGAGAGGAUAUACUGGGUCAGGAACAGGGGCUGGAAUGGGCCUGGAAGGUGACUAGAAGCAGAGCGUAUGGGUAGGGGAAGAUAUCCCUCAAAAGACCGAGGAAACUGGGUGACUGAUCAUCGGAGCUUGUUAGGAAUCCACGCUGCCAAAUCCCUUCCCGGGUGCCGUGCACAAGGGCCCCAAAGCUGGGUGAGCCAGAGAAGGAGGAAUCCCAGGGAAAAGGCACGAGACCCCAGUGCCCACAGCGAUGGAGGUUCCUAAGCUGCCCUCCGGGGCCAGGCAAGAGGAGAAAACGCAAGGGUGGGGGUGCAGGAAGGGUCUGAGGGAAAGCUUCCGUGGAGGGUUAAGUAUCCAACGCCUGGUGAGAAUAAAUACUAGCACUGCCCGCGCCCCUCCGUGCCCUGGGCCCCAGGGUCCCGUGCAAUCAGCAUUCCCAUAGAUCAGCUUAUACUAGGUUAUCACAAGCCCCGACUCACAGCACCCCCACCCCCAGAAAGGCAUAGUAAGCCCAGCCACCGCCUAAUGAGGAAGAGCCAUUUGGAAGAGAGGGAAGAAAGAAGCCAGAGCCCUGCAGCUACAAAACUGUUCACACUGGAGUUUUGAAAGAAGUAGCAAUACGAUUAGCUCUAAGAGGGAAUCAUAAUCAGGAAUUCACAAUAUGACAUAGGCAUCCUGCGCUAUUAAUCAUGAAACUUUGCGGACGAGAUAAUAGCAAGAGAUCCUAGGAAGUUUUGCUUCAUCCCUAAAUCAGAAAUGAAUGCCAGUUUUACAGCUGGGCCCAAACCCUCAUCUCGGCCCUCAAGUUCCCUUUCUUCCCCAUCCCCUCAACCCAAAGAUCAGACUACUGUUAAGUUUCACCACAUUAGAUUUUGGGAAGACGGGAAGCAAACGGAGUGAUUUGUAUCAAUGGAAUUGCACUGACAGUGUUUCUUAUAGGAUUCCUAAAAUUUUUAAUAUAAAAUGAAGAUUUUUUUAAAAAUCAGGAGUUGACAUUAGGUACCAGGACAUUAGUUCAGACGAUUUCAUUUUUAUUUCUACAGUGUUAAAAGUGCACUUAUAUGCUGGUUUAUUUACGUCUUGGGAAAAAGAGACUGCAAAUUGAAGGGAAGAUGGUUACUCUUUCUUUUUUAAAAAAAAAAAAAGUUAAGGCAGAUUUUAAGACUUAUAAAUGUUUAAGAAAUUAUAAACAGGUUAGACCCUUUGGAAAAAAGUUUAGAAGAUAUUCUUAAAGUAAAUUUUUAUAGUGUUAAUUUUGUAAUAAUUUAUGUUUUACUAUAUUACAGAGCUAACUGACCAGAAUAGUUUCAGAAACAAUAUGAAACGUAGGAAAGUUUAAGCAAUGUUUAUAUUUUUAAAAUGUUCUUUGAAUUAUGUUUUUAUUGUACAUUUAUUCCAACUGAAAAGUAUGUACAUAUCUUUGUUAUUUUUGCACAACUUUUGUCUUGUUCGGUUUUAAGAAGUCUGUUGGUUUUUUUUGUUUUGUUUAUAAUUUAUUUUAAGUUGUAAAAACUUGCAGGAGUAACAAAAAACAAAAAAAAAUCUCAGCAACAAAAUAACCCUCUGAGUUAUAAACUCUUACACUCAAAGAGGGAAAACAAAGGUUGAGAGAUUAAGUGGCUGCUUCUGAGAAAUAAUGUCUCGACAGGGACUAACGGAGCAAUUCAAUAGGUUUCGAUGUGUGAGCUGUCUCCAUCUGGAAUUGCAAGCUGGAAUAAAGAGGCCCCCCACCGAUGCUGCUUACUUGGUGAAAGACUGGCUCUGACCAAGGUGAGGACAUUGCUGGAAAACUGAGCAAAAAAGGGAAAACCCACGGUGUUUCUUCCUUCACAAUCAACCACAGGUUUACUUUAUAACGAUGUAUUAAAAACUCACAGCUUGAAAAGUGGAAUGCAAAUAAAAGGUUUUCUUUGGGUUUGUUUUAAUGGAGUUCAACUGGACCAGCCUAUUAAGCAUUAUUAGGGUAAUCUCCUUUGGGUACUUCUGCUCAUCCCCCCCAACCCCUCCCUUCCCAGCCCCUUGACUGCACACACACACACACACACACACACACA